AUGAAAAGUUUAGAUACGAAGGAUCGAUCUUCCAAGCAAGGGGUUGAUAGAAGGAGAAGAUUCGAGCAGGAGCCUCAUCUCUCUGGUGCUUAUAUCCGUAUCCUGGUUAGGCAACUCGCCUUGCAGAUGUACCAAGACCCUGUAUCCGUUGAUACCAAUGGUUUCAGUGCCCGAAAUUUGACCAAAUUUGGUGAUGGUUUUAGUCAAACACCACAGAGCCAGAAACCCGAACCACCACCUCAACAACAUAGGAAACAGGUUAGGAAUAGGAGGAGAGUGCACACCAGCAGGCCUUACCAAGAAAGGCUGAUUAAUAUGGCUGAAGCCAGGAGAGAAAUUGUCACUGAGCUCAAGUUCCAUAGAGCUGCCAAGAAACAAGCCAAUGAGAAGCAACAGCAACAGCAAUUAUCACGCCACUCUCAUCCUUCUUUUCACCACCUUUCGAGCAAGAAUCAAACACAAACAACGUGCCUACCUAUACUUGGCCAUUUUUGA